CUUCGAGUCAAACAAAGCGAAGCGGCUGGUCUGGCAGACGACGUCAUUUCAUCCAUUGCAUCACAUUGAAUCCGUUCUUUCUGCAACAAAAUGCUCGAAAGAUUGGGAUUAUCGUCGAUCAUGGGGUCACCGUCAGCACAGACUGAGCCGGAAAAAGCCGCCCCUGCAGAAAAGCCAAAAUGUAAAGCAUGUUGUGCUUGUCCAGAAACGAAAAAGUUACGAGAUGAGUGUGUCAUUGAAAAGGGAGAAUCUGAGUGUGGGGAUCUCAUAGAGGCCCACAAGCAAUGCAUGAGGAGUUUGGGCUUUAAAAUCUAGUUGUAGAUUAAACAUCUAGUAAGUUACUUUUGUUUGAUAAUGUGAUUCGUAUUUUCCAUUCGACUCUUUUUGGUUAAAACUGCAAAGCAAUGUAAUCUCUUUACUAUUGCAGAUAAACCAGUAGAAUUCUAAGUAUUUAAGUUUAAACUAAAUCUGCGACAAGCCUGCACCUCUGAUAUGUACUUAUCCAUGUACUUCAAGUUAGUUACCUUGUUUAGGUUUGGUUUUGUCUAUUGUUCAUUUAUUUAAUAUCUGGACCGCCUUUCAAGUGUGCUUUUUCAGUUAAAAAUUGUGAAGCAAAAUUAGUUGUUAAAUUUUCAUUACUAUUCUCAGGUUGAAUUAGCUCUACUGUAUUGAAUUGAGCAAAUACACCAUAUUUUUCACUUGA